GGGCAUAACAUGGCAGCAAAUCGUGGCAGAGGCUGAUCAUUGUUUAACUGGACCAUGGAUGACGCUGUUCUCCAUGGCUGCCAGUAGACGUUGUUCGUGUUCCUCCAGCCACUCGACGAGAUUUUACAACUUUCAUCUCCUUGACAACUCAUCCUACUUUACGGCGGUAACCAGACGCUUCACCGACCCAGUGUUCCUUUCCAGCCGUUUCACCUGAACUCGUCUUUGAUCUUCGUCCGGCUCCCGCACCUCAACUUAGACACUCCCCAUGUCCACCCUGCAUCGAAACGACAGAUCUCCCUCCGCGGGAGUUAGCGAAUCCUCAAGUCCUGACUUUAUAUCACAUACCCCAAGGUCCUCGAACAAACAACAAGUGCGUCACCGGGCCUCAGUUGCCUGUGCUUCCUGCCGGGAACGGCGGAUACGUUGUGUAGUGCCCGAAGGAGAGUCCGGGUGCACACAGUGUAAGAAGACCGGAGCGGAGUGUAUCAUAAGAAACGAUGACGAGAGGCGAAGGCCUAUAUCCAAAGCAUACAUGUCAUCCUUGUCCAACCGAAUUGCUCUAUUGGAGAAGAUGCUGAGAGAAAGAGGUGUCGCCCCUCCUCCAGCCGUCCAUCCUCCAAAGACGAGACAAGAAGCGAAAGAAAUGCAGGAACACGAAAGACAGGAUGUUCGGUUCUGCGAAGACUUUGAGACUCCUGGCCCGAAUCAGGCCAAUUCCUCCAUGGUCGCAGAUUACCCCUCGCCACCGAAAUUCAGCGCGGAAGAAGUACAAACAGAUCCUAUCGAUGACAAUAAACAAACACCCAAAGCUCCAAGCUAUGACUCUACACUUUUUCCAGAGUUCGCCUCCCCAUGGAAGGGAGAUGUACGCCAAUUCUUGGGUGUAAAGAGCAGGUUCUCUGUCAUGUCAGGGAGGCUGCAGUACUUUGGUUUUACGGCGAGUAGCCACGUCCACGCCCAAAACACCUCGCAGCCCAGCCCACCAGGGACGAUAGAUCACGUAAGCCGUGUCGAGCGUGUCAUCAAAAUUCUUGGCCCAUCCACUCAUGACCACCUUAUGAGCUGCUUCUGGAGCCAUUACAACCCCGCGGUUCAAGUCGUGGACCGUGAAAUAUUCGAGUUAGGCCGAAAGAGCCAGAACCCGAGGCAUUACUCGGUAUUCCUUCAUAUCACGAUGCUUGCUGCCGGGUACCGAUUUGCGGAGCGAAACAGAGAAGAUGUGAAAAGGUUGAUGCUCGGGAGCUGGGAGAGUACGUUCCAUCGGGAGUCCAAGUCCAUGUUGGAUGCUGAACUGGAGAGGCCAGGCGGCAUACCGAGCAUCCAGGCGCUCCUCAUCCUCGCAGACCUCGAAUUUGCCGCUGGCAGGGACGCAACCGGCUGGCUAUAUUCUGGUAUGGCAAACCGAUUGGCUAUCGACAUCGGACUGCACGUAAACGUGCCGGUCAGCGACAGCGAGGCUCUCAGGGCUGAGGACCCACUACGUCGGCGGGUCAUGACGGCGUGUGUCUUGUUCGACAGAUACUGGGCGCUUUUACUCGGCCGUUCCCCAAGCAUCCGGAAUCGCGACAUUGGCAUAGAGCUGGGGCUGAAGCCAAGGAAGGGCCCAGCCAUGCCGACUGCAUCACCCACGACCUCUUUUGAUAUGGUGACGUCUCAAUCACCGGAGAUUUCCCUUCACCAACAUCUCCUCGAGCUCAUGAGCAUAGCGGCCAAGAUUCUGGAGAUGCAGAACCAACACGAAUAUACCGAGUUGUUGUUUGCAAACAACAAGGCAGGAGAGGAGGCCUACCAACGAUUGUUUGCGCUGGACAGAAAACUGCAAGCGUGGUACCGCCGCUUACCGGACUUUUUGGCCUGGAACCCCACCAACGUUCAAGCAGCGCCUGUUGGUUUCUUUAUGCUCCAUCAACAAUUCCAUACGUGCAUGAUUCUGCUCCACAGGCCUUGGGCUAUAUACGGUGAUGAGGACGGACCAAAUUCUACCAGGUCAUAUGGUCAGUCCGACGGGUCGCUCCCGGGCAUCAGCCAUCACCAUAGAGUUGCCAUUGCCCGCCGUAUGUGUACCCAGCAUGCCAUCCGCGUCGCCCGUAUCUUCUGGCACCACCGUCUCCGGUUCGACGGCAGGCGGCUACCCAUCUUCGCUAUCCAGCAGGCGGGCACGUCAGCGAUUGCUCUGAUGGCAGCCCUCGCGAACCGGACUGCUGAGCUUGACCAGCAGAGCAACCUACGAUACCUGCAGGUUUUGUCGGCGGCGAUAUACGACAUGUGCUAUAUCUACCAGCCGGCAGCGAGGAUGUACCGCCUGCUAAAAUCGAUGUUGGUAGACAUCCGCAACGAGGUUGUCACCGGCGUAAGCUAUCCUCACGCUCCGUCGAAGACGUCGCCAGAGGUGACAGCAUCGGCGCCUUCUCCGUUCCUUCAGUACACCCAUCAGAGAAGCUACAGUACUCCUAAUGUCGGCCUGAACUUUGGCGCCCCCGACUGGGCUACCCGCGGCUCGAUUCCCAGUAGCGGCGGAGACACCCGUGGCUACCCGCAAUUUUCUGGUCGGCAACAACCGGUGAAUGAUUUGUUUGAGGAGCACGGACAUGCUCCUCCAAAGAGACAGAGGUGCAAUGGCCCGAGCCGAAGGGCAUCCGAUCUUGGUGGUUGUCUUCCUCCUUCACUUUUCAAUAUCGGUGGUUUUGGUGGCACUUCGUCAUAUCCUACACCACCAUUGACUUCUCCUAGGGAUUCCGGGGAUGUUCAGGCCAAAGACGAUAACAUGCCGAUUCCGGACACGUACACUGACAACAACGCGCUCUUUGAUUUUGUAUUUUUGGAAGCAACGGCGCUUGACACGGUAAUGGAGGAGCCGAGUGAGGAGCAGCAACAAGGAGUAGAGGAGUCGAAUCAAGAGGAUGCCGAAACAGACUCUGUUUCCAGAGCUGCUAGCACGCCAACUGUGUCUUCUCACAGCCACAAGGAGGGCAGCGACACGGCAGAAGCGACUGCAGAUAAUCUUCUUGCUUCGGGCACUGAUACCAACAAGACCUCCAGCGAGGAUAGCCCAGAUUCGGGAGCGCCAAAGAACGAUCCGGGUAAGGCCUCCUCUGAAGCCACUCAGGAUUCCAAAGUCUCAAUCUCUGCCCCGGCACCAUUCAUAGCAUCAGCUCAGGGAGAGGAUUCAGACAGCAACAUCAUCAAAGAAUGGCUUGCCGAGCCGUCACCCCCCAUCGCCGUGACAUCGAAUGCCAGCAAAACCAUCAACCCCGCCGCGCUUACAUCCAUGACAAACACCACCAUGGCAACGACAAGCCACCACCACUUGGCCAGGUUCCAACAAAUCACUCAUGCCCACCAUGGUGAGCAGCAGUCCCCAAACGUAGCACCCUAUAAACGAGACGCCCGCGUAACCAAGCAAGACCACCCGGACCUCUUUCCCAAAUUUGACAAGUCAGCCAUCAUUGACGCGCUGGUGUCGGCGGCGGGUAUAAACUUUGACCUGUCUCUUUGUCGAGAGGUGGAUGUUGAAGACGACGGGAAUUAUGACCAUGAGCAUGACGAUGUUGAUGUUGUUAAUGAGCACGAUUUUGUGAGGGAAAAUCAAGGGGGUGCGGCAGGUGGUGGCAAAGAUGGAUGCGCAAAGGGCGGAGGAGAGGGCCCAACCGGCGGCGGAUCAGCAGGGUAUGGCGUCAGCUUGAGUGAUUUGCUGGGCAGCAUGGGAGGAGGAGGAGGUCAUAGGGGUAAUAAGAGGAGGAUCAAGGAGGUUGAAGGGAGUUAUGGCGCUGGUCUUGGGUGUGGUUAUGCGACUGCGACGAGUGCUCCCAAGUUGGCGAGGAAUGUGGAGUUGGAUUAUUUGCGUUUUUGAGAGAAACUCUGGAUAUAGACUACUAGACUUUGGCUUUUGCUAGAGACAUACCUAUCGCAGACUUUGACUGGAAUAGAGGCGAAUUAGUGUUGUUCUCUCGCUUC